UCGCGAUGGGCGGUACCGUUAACGAGAUGGGGGGGCUCUGCGCCUGCGUGCUGGCCGCCUCGCGCCGCGGCUGUUGGGGAGGGGCCUGAGCUUCAAACCGAAAAGGGGGCGGGGAUGGCCGACGCACACGCGCGCGCGCGCGCACGGCCAGGCAGAGGACCAGGAGCCAGCUCCGAGCCCCGCAGCCCGUCAGAUCGCGCAGGAGCGCGGCCAGAGCGGCGGCGGUCUCCGUGCCGGCCGGCCGGGCAGGGAAGGGAAAUCCUUGAGUGGAGUUGGAGGGGAGGGUGGUGGGAGACGCGCGCGCCCCCCUCGAGAGCGAUGGCCGAUCCUUUACGCCGGACUCUCUUCGCCAAACUGAGGGGCAGGAAGUCCAAGAAGUCGGCGGGCGUCGGGACGAGGAGUCAGGAAGGUAAAGCGAAGCUUCCCGAGGAGCAGCGGCGGCGUCGGCAGCGGCGGCUACAACAAGAGGCCGGGCCCGGGGUAAUGGUGGUUGGCGGUGUGAAAGUUUUAGCGGGGUCGGGGAGCAGCGGAGGAGGAGGAGAGCAGCAGCAGGAGGAUGAAGAGGAAGAGGAGGAGGGCACCGUCAGGAUGAACCGGCGCCCGGGUACCGCCAGCGGCCGGGGCUGGCAGAGCCCGGAGCAGCGCCGGCUGGAAGCCGCGGAGGGGGUCGGCGGGGUGGUGGGGGGAGGGGCAGGGGGUCAGCUCUCCUCCCCCCACCCCAACUCCACCGCCGACCCCCCCUUCCACCUCCUCCUCUCCCCCGGCCGCAGGCAGUCGCUGGACAGCCAGGAGGAGGAGGAGGAGGAGGAUUACUACGACAACCCGUGGCUGGGGGGCUGCGAGCGGCCGGUGCCCGCGCCCGCCCCCGCGCCCGCCGCUGCCCUCUCCCCCCACGGCUGUGACCGCAGCAGGCACAGGAAGCACAGCCUGGACAGUGCCCAGGAGAAGGAGAGGCUCAGGAGCCGCCUGCACGAAGCCUAUUACCUGCUGAUCCACGCCAUGCACGGCAUGCCGGUGGAGAUGGAGAGCCCUGCCCGCCGGGGCCGCCUGGCUGCUCUCAGCCGCCAGUCCCAGGAUAGUGUCUGCAGCCAGUCCUCAGUCAGGGCUUUAGACAGUGACGCCUGGUCCUCUGAUGAGGUUAGCCCGCAGCCACAGGUAUCCGAUGCGGAUUCUCUGUCAGGUAAACGCAGGAAAGGAUUUGCCAGCGGCAGCAUUGCCAACCUGGUCAGUGGGGUAGCUAGAGCGCCCUUGCCACGCUCAGUAAGCGAUGGGGUUAUUAAUUACGUGUCCUGCCUCGCUGACUCUGACCUGGAACGUGAACAGUCAGGACACGGUCCUGCCUUCCUCAGCCUGGGAGAGGCGGGCCAGACCUCCUGCGAUGCCGGGAGCACCUCGCCCUGUGCCAUUCACCCCUCAGAGUGUGCACAGGGGGCGGCGCAGCCUUGUGAGGGUAGCCCCGUGUUGGUCGGUGACUCUAGCUGUGAAGUGACAAAGUUUAGAAAUCCCAGUGACUUGCUCUGUGGGUCAUGUGACAAGCAGGAUGAUAGCCAGGGAUGCUUUCUAAAGCCGCCUGCGGUGACGGUCAACAAAAUGCAAGAAUGGAUGCACAGGGGACGCAUGCUGUCCUUGGAGAUGAAAGAGCGUAUUAGUGGCUCUGUCAGAGUCAGUGUGCCAUCUGGUUCACUGUCAGGUCAGGCAACCAGCAAAGAAGUAGACGUACAGAAGACCAGCUUCCCUGCUCCUGUAAGAGUACAAGGAAACAAAGCAGCGCCGCUCCCUCCCAGCCAGAGUCUCUUGCUGACAGACUUCAUUGAAACAAUUCAUGCUUCUUCUGUUAUCAAGAGAGAAUUGAAAGUCACUGAAGCUACUGAACUCAACAACCACAGGCCACACAUAAACCACAUUACGGUGUCCAAAAAACGAAACUGGCUGCAACAAUGCACACUCAACCCUCAAAUGAACGAAGAGACCAAUGCCUCUGUAGCAGUAGAGCUAACAAAUCGUAUGAGUAGUCCAAAUCCCUUACACGAAAGCAAGCAGCAGCCUGCAGUUCUGCCAAGAGAACAUAUCCAACAAAAUGAUCGAAGGCAUACUGAAGGGAACUCUCUGGAUCAUAAUGAAGAAAAUGAUGCAGAUGAUGAAGGGGAAAUAUGGUACAACCCUAUUCCAGAAGAUGAAGAAGUCGAUCUGUCACAUAUAAAACUUGCAGUUGCCCCGAGGAUUUCUGUGGCUAAAGUUGAUAAGCCUGUCAGCAGCUUGCAGAUGAAGCAAUGUUUAUUACCUGGUGGUGAUUUGUUAAAGGGACAAAUUAUCUUGGGGACCUCUGAAAAUUGUUCUGAAAGUGUGCAAGAAACCCAGAUAGUUCCAGUGAUUGAUGUGAAUCAGGGAAAUUCUGUGAAUUCUACAAAUCCCACAAACAGUGGGCAGCUGCAUAGGCAGACCUGUGUAUGCAAGUUUAAGAGUGAGGCGACCAUGGAGGAAAUCUGUGUCCACAGGCCUCCAGUUUCAGUAGCUGCCACUGAUCCCUCCAAUGGUCCUGUCUGUGCAGUUGCAGUAGUAGCGACAGCAGCAACAACGACUGAGUUUUCUCCGCCCUCCAGCCCCAACCCUUCGAAAAAGGGAACUGCAAUUAAUUGGCCCUUUCCUGAAAAGAUAAAAUCUCCACGGACUGUGAGGAAGCUUUCGAUGAAAAUGAAGAAACUUCCUGAACUCAGCAGAAAAUUGAGUGUUAAAGGGACUUCAAGCCAUAACUGUAAUGAUAAUCAUAACUCAUCACCCAAAGGCAACCAUGGCUCCUCGAUAUCACCUGGGAUUACAACUAAUGCUGCUAGUAGGAAUGUCAUCAGCCGUUACCAUCUGGAUACAAGUGUAGCAUCGCAGAGCUACAAGAAAAAAAGUUCAGGAAACUCCAAAUCAGCUAGCAAGGGUGGCUACCUUAGUGACGGCGAUUCACCAGAACUCGUAGCUAAAUCGAGUAAGCACUCCUGUGAAAACAGACCUGUGAAGGGGAACAUUGCUUCAGCCUCUCAUAAAACACACAGUACAGAGAUUGAUAUUGAUGCUUUCAGGCAUUACAGCUUUGUGGAUCAGCCUAAGUGUUCUCAAUAUAUUUCAGGACUAAUGAGUGUACAUUUUUAUGGUGCUGAGGAUUUAAAGCCACCAAGAAUUGAUUCUAGAGAUGUAUUCUGUGCCAUUCAAGUAGAUUCAGUCAACAAAGCCAGGACAGCCUUAUUGACGUGCAGAACCACAUUUUUGGAUAUGGAUCACACGUUUAAUAUUGAACUAGAGAAUGCACAGCAUCUCAAACUCGUAGUUUUCAGCUGGGAGCCAACGCCGCGUCGGAACCGUGUGUGCUGCCAUGGCACUGUUGUGCUCCCCACGCUCUUCAGGGUCUCCAAGAUGCAUCAAUUAGCUGUUAAACUCGAGCCCAGAGGGCUCAUUUAUGUGAAACUGACUCUGAUGGAGCAAUGGGAGAACUCAUUGGACAGCCCAGACGGAGAGCGGGAGCCAGUGAUGUUUGGUGUUGAGGCACGAAAAGUAGUUGAGAAGGAAAAUAUGGGCUUGAGGGUGCCAUUGUUGAUGCAGAAAUGUAUUGUGGAAAUAGAAAAGCGAGGCUGUCAGGUUGUGGGCCUUUACCGUCUUUGUGGCUCUGCAGCGGUUAAGAAAGAACUUCGUGAAGCUUUUGAACGUGAUAGUAAGGCUGUUGGCUUAUCUGAAAAUCUGUAUCCAGAUAUCAAUGUCAUUACAGGUGUCCUCAAGGAUUAUCUGAGGGAACUGCCAUCUCCUUUAAUAACAAAGGAAUUGUAUGAAACAGUUCUCGAUGCCAUGGCUAAGCAGCCCCUCAAGAUUACAUCUUCUGGAUGUGAGAAUGAUCACAGCGACUCUGAAUAUACAGUUGGUCUCUUGGACUGCCUGCCUGAGGUGGAGAAGGCAACCCUGAAGAUGCUGCUCGAUCACCUGAAACUUGUAGCUUCGUACCAUGAGGUAAAUAAGAUGACCUGCCAGAACUUGGCUGUAUGUUUUGGGCCUGUACUUUUAAGUCAGCGCCAGGAGACUUCCAACCAUAGCCAUAGGGUUUUUACAGACUCUGAGGAAUUGGCCAAUGCACUGGACUUCAAGAAACAUAUAGAAGUGUUGCAUUAUCUACUUCAACUUUGGCCAGUGCAAAAUGUGGGGACCAAAGAGCAUGUGGAAAGCAAUGGAUCUCCUGAAUUGGAGCCAAUUAAUUGUGUGAGGAGGAGGAAGCAACGACCUGCAGUGCUAAGCUUGACAAAUACUGAAACGACUGGGGUGUUGCGACCCAGACAGGUCAGGCUUGAUAGUCCUAGUAACCGCUAUGCUGGAGACUGGAGCAGCUGUGGUGAAAGUUACCUUCUGAAAGCAAAGGAUGAGAGCACAGAGGCAGACUAUGAUGAUGUUCCUUCAGAAGAUACUGGAAGUGAAGAGGAGAGUACAGCAGCAGACAGGAACAGUAGUAUGAUGAAACUGCAUGCAGAGACAAAAUCCAAAGGGCAGACAUAUGAGGCCUAUGUAAGGAUGCAGAAGAUUAAUCCAGCACUUGAACAUAGGGUGAACUUAAAAGAUCUUCAGGAAAGUAUUGACACAUUAAUUGGGAAUUUAGAACGCGAACUCAGCAAAAACAAACUGAACGUCACUUGUUGAAAUAAUUUGCUUCAUUCUGGGAUAAAGGAAUAGCAUUACAGACCCGACAGUUGUAUUAGCUGUUUUAUGAUGGCUGCACACUUCGAGAUAGAGAAGUAUCAUGGACCAUCUUGGGUUAUCUGGCUUAUUCAGGCAUUCCAGGACAUUUGUAUGUAAACAUUUUUCUUCUUAUUGGAAGAAUCCAGCGAAUUGACCCUUAGGGGUAUGCGGUGCCUUAGAGGCAUUUUUGUUUAAGGUGUACUGUAGACUGAGCACUGUGUUCAGGUAGGAAUGUUAACUGAUGCACUUACAAAGCAGGCUUUUAAUAAGGACUUUUGAAGGAGAUUAGCCAUUGCCACUCAGCAGACACUCUGGGGACUGAAUCCUGAGUCAUCUUUAAGCAAAAGUGUUUAAUUCUGAUCAUUCUCGUCCUUGAGGAUGGUUGCUGCUUGGCAGAUGUUUCUGUAAGGUGACAGUAUUUUUUAUUUCAGCAAAAAAUACCAGUUAGUGAUUCACUGGUCACCUACCAUUUGCAAUGUAAUACCAAGGCUGCUAUGAAGAGACCAUUUCCGCAAAAAACCCUGCACGUUUUUUGGGUGAUGAGAAAUAUUGUAAACUGUUUCCUUUCUUUAAUAUUAACAUUUCUCUGUAACUGUAUUUAAACCCAAAUCAAAACAAAUGGUAUAUUUUUCUAACCCAGUAUAUUUUUGAUAAAGUGUGGACACAUCAUUUAUAGUGACGCACCUACCAGAAGGCCAAAUACUGUUCAAUGUACUGCCUGGGAAAUGUAGCAUAUAUAAAUAUAUAAAGUGCAUGAUGAUGAGAGCUGUGAGGAACUUUUCUUAACAUAAUGUGGCUGAUCAUUUGCAAUAUCUGGUGUGGUAUUAUGUUUUUGUCAUGUCAGUAUUGAUAACGAAGACUAUUAACAGUGCAUUAAAACGGGUGUUUUAUAUUCAAAUGGUCCAUAUCUUUACACAGAUAGGAAAUGUGAAUGAAUAAUGUCUCUCGGUUAAAACUGUCAGCCUGUUUAGAGAGACUGAUUUGUGUAUAGUGUUGGUACAUUUUACAUUCAUUUUUAUCUAUUUCCAGUCGUCUUUCUGUAAUGUUAACUGAAUUUCAGUUUUGUUGACAGUCAUAUGGAAAUCUACAAAAAAUUACAAUAAAAAUGUUGACGUUCAGAUUUUAACAAUAUUACAAUGGGCACGUGAAAAACUAAAUUUGAAAUCUCUUCAGACCAAAUACACUCUACAUUUGAAGAAGGUAUUUUCCAUUAAACUCUUUCUACAAGUUAAUCAUUUGUUGUAAUCUAAUCUAUGUAGAAAGCUGAGUCACAGGAACAGAAUAUCCAAAGAAUAUCUGACUAAAUGUAAAUCCUUGUGUUGUCCUCUUGAAGGCAUUCAGGUUGGUCUCCUAACUUUCAGUCCAGAGACAAAUAAAUGGCGAGGAGAACUAUGUCUCAGUUUUUAACUUGGCGGAUACUUAAAACACUUUUUUUUAAAGGAUUUCCUGUGUGGAUGAUAUCUAUUAAGAAAUGUAACAGUUGCUCGAAAUAGGGUUAGAUUUAAGAGUUACUUAACUGUAACCAUUCCCAGUGCCCUCAACUCUUACAAUUUUGAACUGUUUCUAACUGAUGCCAAGGUUUUUGCUUGCACCAAUGCACAUAAGUCCAUUCAAUUUAAAUUAUUCUAUCAGAUUUUUUUUCCCCCUGUUAUCAAUACUUAAUCUGACAUUAGUCAUUUAAACUGAUAUCCCUUUGGCUCCACCAUUUAGUUCACAGUAGCAUUUUGGAAAUCCCAGAGGUGGUAUUCCUGACUCUAUAUCUGAUGGUAUUCACUAGAUACAACUGCCAGAGUUUUAUACUUAUUCAAUUACUAUUAAUCAGUUUCCCCCAUCCAUUUUACUAGAAUUAAAAAUCUCAUAGUAAUGACUAGUAAGGUGGUAGAAGUGGUCAGCUCAGACAGGUGCGUUUUCCAUUUACACGUUAAAUGUGAAACAGGUGUACAGGGUUGCUGGGAAGUGAUAGCUGCUUUGAAAAAUGCAAAGGUACAGUCAUGUGUCAUGUGUUUAGCUGAAUGGAUAUUAAUAUCACCUACCCUCCCCAAUAUUUCUGUUGGCUGAAAGUCUUUGUAAUCUAUGCAUCGUCUCAUUCUGACGUUAGCCUCACUGGUAAAGACUUUCUUGAGUCCAAUUCAAACAGUCCGGAUGCAGAAGCAUCUCAAUUUCAGCAGCACUGUAAUCGGGAGAGAUGUUGAGCUGAUCAGUGUUUUUCGUAGGCUUUGUUUCAGUUCUUCCCCUUCGGAUUAAGCAAGUUGUGCCUCUUGGCAAACAUUGAGAUGACUUUUGUGGCUCUCAGCUUUUAGGACUUUUUCUGUGAUACUCACCUUUAAUUGAUCUAGCCCCUUUAAAUUUAAAUUGCGCUAACAUUCUUUGUAAAAUGGCUUUUGGUUUCACUAUCUAUUGAUAUUUAACCAGAAUUAUGCAAAAAAGAUGACCAUUUCAAAUUGAGUGCAAAUAGCACACUUGCCUUUGAGUGGGUCCACGAUACCAACAGCCAUUCUGGCAUUACCUCGGUUUUCAUUUGUAGUUUAAUAUCUGGAAUAAAUAUUUAUCGUAGCCUUGAAGUUUCUAGUUCCAUAACGUGGUAUGUGACAAAUUAUUUAAUGUGAAGAUUAAGAAAUACAAAACUAAAAAUUAAGUAUUAUGCACGUGAGAGAUGACAUAUGGUAGAUCCACAUAUGCAAGAACCAUUACAUACUAUACUUUUAUUUUUCAAUCAUUUUGACCUUAAAUAUUUUUCUGCAAAAUUGGAUGUAACAUAUAUUGAAAAUAUUAAAUUUUGUCAUAACAGAAUCAACUGGAAAAAAAUUUGCCAGUGCAUUAAUGUUGCUCAUCUGUUCCUUAACUUCUAAAAUGAUCCACGACUGUGUAUUUGGUGUAUAAUAUGAACUAAUUGGAUUGUUUUGGUUUUAAUUAACACGUCUCACAGCUUAAAGAUUCUUUGUAAAAUGGUUUUCAGGCUCUAAUUUAUCUGUUGAAAAUUUUAUUCUUAUGUUUUAGUAAUCCCAUAUUCAUUAUCUGUUACACAAACAUAUACUUACCUUGAACAUGAUAAAGCAUCACUAAGUUGUAAAUAUGACUUUAUGCCGAUAUUUGAGUACUGUGCUUUACUGUGACACCAAUAUUAAAAAUGCAUAUUUAACAAAUUGUUUUGA